GAACGUCAUUGCUUACCUCAAAACUUUUGGUUACACUCCUUGCAAACAAAAAAACAUAUCAAAUGGACUGAAUUCAACUAAACCCCCUUACUCAAAAUGGCCAACCUUCUACUUGUCUUCUUCUUCUUCCUCCUUCUUUCUUCACUAUCAUUAGCACCGCCGCCGGACCAUGAUCAAACUCUCACCACCAUACUCUUUGGCACCAUAGGAAGAUCAACCUACGCCUUCGAUAUCUAUACCCUCCCAUUGCAAUCUCCUUUCUCACCAACCAAAUCUCAAGAACUUCGAAUAACCGACGGCGUAUCAAUCAACUACAACGGUUAUUUCCCCGCCUCCUCCAACACAUCAUCAUUACCCUCGUUAAACCUAGUUUAUGUCUCGGAGCGAUUCGGAUCCGCCACCAUUUUUCUCGACAAGGUUCACUAUCACGGCGGAGGAGGACUCCAUAACCGGGUUCAAGUUCAGCUUGUGGGUGGUUUAACCAACUCGUUAAAGGAUAGGCCGAGUUUGGUAGGGGAAUAUUUAGUAUACGUUUCUACUCAUGAGAAUCCUGGCGUACCUAGGAAAAGUUGGAAUGCGGUUUACUCUACACACAUCCCAACCGGGUCGACCCGACGGUUAUCACCUUAUGGAGUGGCGGAUUUCAGUCCGGCGGUUUCGCCGAAUGGUGUUUGGACGGCCGUGGCUUCUUCUGGUGAGAAGGGAUGGAACGGGGAGUUGGAGGAUUUGAAUACCGGUAUUUAUGUUUUCAUGACUAAAGAUGGUUCUUUUAGAGUUAAGGUGGUGGAUCAUGGCGGUUGGCCUUGUUGGGGAGAUGAUUCUACUUUGUAUUAUCAUAGGAAAAGUGAUGAUGGUUGGUGGAGUGUUUAUAGAGCGACUCUAAAAACGUCAAAGCUAGGGUUUGACGCGGUGGCGGCGGUGGAGACUGAGCGAGUCACUCCUCCGGGUGUGCAUGCGUUCACGCCGGCUGUGUCUAUCUCCGACAAGAAUCUUGUUGUGGUCUCCACUAGGCGACCUAGUUCGGAAUACCGACACAUAGAGUUGUUUGACCUAACCACUAAAGCAUUUGUUUCGGUUACCGAACAUGUUUCGCCUCAUACCCAUCAUUUCAACCCGUUUAUCUCGUCGGAUUCAAAGUGGAUCGGGUAUCAUAGAUGUAGAGGAGGAGACAAAACCAAAACGGGUAAGGACUUGGUGGUGUUGGAACCGAUUCAAAGCCCAUUGCCGAAAACUAGUGCUAUUCGGGUGGGUGGGGUUUUUCCGGUGUCGUCGCCCGAGGGGGAUCGAAUUGCUUAUGUUAACAUGCCGGGUCUUUAUGUCAUCAAUAAUGACGGUUCGAAUAAACGUGAGAUUACAUCCUCGUUUGCGUUUUCACUUGCAUGGGAUCCUAAACGAAAAGGAACUUUGUACACCAAUAUCGGACCAUCGUUAGCAAACGUAAGUACCGAUGUUCAUGUAGUCUCUAUUGACGUUGACGACCCGAAUCUGACUAUGAAAAUAUUGACUACGGGCGGUAAAAAUAACGCAUUCCCCUCCCCAUCGCCAGACGGAAAAUGGAUAGUUUUUAGGUCGGGUCGGACCGGGUAUAAGAAUUUGUACAUAAUGGAUGCUGAAAAUGGGGAAAAGGGUAGUCUUUUUAAGCUUACGUCGGGUCCGUGGACGGAUACAAUGUGUCAUUGGUCACCUGAUGGUGAGUGGAUUGCAUUUAUGUCUAAUAAAGAUAACCCUAAUUCAAGAACUUUCAAAAUAUAUAUGAUUCAUCCGAACGGGACGGGGCUUCGAGAGGUUGUUGAAAGUGGUUCGACUAGUGGACUAGCUAGCCAUCCGUGGUUUAGCCCGGAUAGUAAGAGUAUCGUGUUCACGUCAGAUUUGGCUGGUGUUUCGGCCGAGCCAAUCUCGGUUCCGAAUCAAUUCGAUCCUUUUGGUGAUAUAUUUACAAUUGGAAUAGAUGGUUCACAUUUAACAAGAUUGACUCAUAAUGCCUACGGAGAUGGAACCCCGACGUGGGCUUCCAAGUUUAUACGACCACACAAUAAUGGUGUCGUCGUAGCUAAAAACAACGGGUCGCCAUGCAAUUUUGACGAUAUCUUAUGGCUCAACAAAUAUCCUAACAAAACAAAUGUGGUUUCGUCUAAGUUUACAAUGCAAGUUCCAUGUGGAUAAAAACUAAAUUACCACCUUUAUAUAAUAAUGCAAUUUGGAACAUUUUCUCAAGCUA